AUGAGUGAAACCAAAGAAGAGAAAAGGAAGAGAAAGGAAGAGAAAAAAUUAGCCAAAGCUAAGAAGGCGGAAGCAAAAGCCGAAAAGAAAUCCAAGGAUGUGGUUGAAGAAACUAACGAAAGUGUUGAUGACCAAAAUACCGAAAUCAAUGAAGAUAAUGAAAAAAGGAAAGAUUUAGAAGAGAUUGAAAUCGAUUUGAAAGGGGAUAUACCAUUAAAUAAGAAACAACAAAGAUUGUUAAAGAAGGGAAAAUUGAAUUUACAAAAAUUAAAAGCUAAACAUCCUAACCCUAUUGCCGAAGGUGAAGAAUCUGAUAAACCUGAAAAGGGGAAAUAUGGGGUUUGGGUUGGUAAUUUAUCUUUCGACACUAUUAAAGAUGAUAUCGUCAACUUAAUCACUGCUCGUACUACCGUUACUGAGGAUAACAUUAAGAGAAUUAAUAUUCCGAAAGGUAAGAAUGAUAAAAUCAAAGGAUUCUGUUAUAUAGAUUUCGAAAAUGAAGAGCAAGUUGAAGAAGUUGUUAAAUUAUCAGAAACUAAUUUAAAUGGUAGAAAUUUGUUAAUCAAAAAUUCUAAGUCAUUUGAAGGUAGACCAGAUGCUCCAAAACCAACAGGACUAAUCAAUAUAUCUAAGAAUCCACCAUCAAGAAUCUUAUUCGUUGGUAACUUAUCAUUCGAUACCAGCGAAGAAUUAUUACGUGAACAUUUCAGUCAUUGUGGAGAAAUUGUUAGAGUUCGUAUGGCAACUUUCGAAGAUACUGGAAAAUGUAAAGGUUUUGCUUUCUUGGAUUUCAAGGAUGAAACCGGUCCAACCAAUGCUUUAACAUCUAAAACCACCAAAUUUUUCAUAAAUCGUCCUUUAAGAAUGGAAUUUGGUGAAGAUAGAUCUAAGAGACAACCAAAAAGAAGAUUUAAUGAUGAAGAUGGGGAAGCAAGAACUCCAAGAGAAGAUAGAGGUCCAAGAGAAGAUAGACCACCAAGAGAAGGAAUGGAUAGUAGACCAGAAAGAUCUGAACCAAGACCAGAAAGAAAAAUCGCUCGUGAAAGGUUUAGAGAAGAUAAACCAGCCAAAAGAUUAAAAUCUUCUAUUGCAUUAGCAUCUGCUCAAAGAGCUUCAGCUGCUAUUGUUCCAUCAGCAGGUAAAAAGACUACUUUCGAUUAG